AACUGUUUUCAAAAUGCUGCAGAAUCCUGGGGUGGCAAUGCCUGUAAUUCCCAUAAAUAUGGGGAGGCUGUGCUGCAGGCAGAGUCCUUCCCAACAUCUUCGAAAGCUUUUGUCAAGUGGCCCACAAUACUUUUACCACUGCUGCAGUACAAAUUUAGGUCUCAUGAAGUUUUCUUCAGGACUCAAGGUUGCUAAGUGUUUUGAAUGCUGAAUAGUUUCCUUCUCCAUUACAAAGGAUAAAGGUUAAGGAUAUGGGCUGAAUGGCAUCAGGAUGAAGCUGACUGUAAUAGUAGCCAAGAACUAAAAGGUGCGACAUUUGGCCUUAAAACCGAAGUUUCGAUACCUUGUCAAGUGAGUCCCUUAUUAGACUUUCCUCAAACAGCAGUACUGCUGAAAAGCAUUGCCAUAGAUUAUGAGGAGUUGCAUCCAGCUAAGUCGGGCAUGAAUUUGGUUCCUUCCCUCCUCUAUGGUAAAUUUCUGGAAUACAGACUGAGUCUUCAUUUCUCUUCUGCCAGCCCUGUAUAAACUAGUAAAAUUUUGGUAGGCUAUUAACUUCUGUGAACUUAGUGAGAAAAGUAAAGGGUUCAAGUGUUUCACAUGCAUUAUCUAGCUGUCAUUUCUCCAAUAGCCUUAGAAGAUAAGUUAGCAUUAUUAAGACCUGUACCAUGGAUGGAGGGAUUUCAGCAGAGAGAGAGAGAGAAGGAGAAAAGCUAUCUAUGUGAAACAGCUCUCUGGAACUUCAGGUUACUAAACAAUCCCUCUUGGAUCUUCAUGAGAAGAACAUCUGAUAGCCAGGAAGGGAGCCCUUCCCUGUGAACCCAACCUCAAGGAUGCCCUGGAACGUCAAAUGGUUGAAUGGCUGCAACAGCCACAGCUCCCAGUCCCAGAAACAAUGCAAGAAAUCCUCUUUUGCUUUCUAUCAAGCUGUGAGAGACCAGCUACCAGUAUGGCUCUUGGAGGACAUGAGGCGUAUGGAGGUUUUCCACUGGCAAGAAGGAGGCAAGGUCAGCACAUAUUCACCUUCAGAGGCAUUGCUGUAUGCCCUAGUACACAACCACCAGCCUUAUGCCCGAUAUUUACUGAGCCAAUUUCCUAAGAGUGCCCUGGCAAUACCAAGCCUUCACUUUAGCUGCUGCCACUCUUCAGCUCCUCACUUAGCCAUGGCUGUCCGGUACAACAGAAUCCAUAUCCUUGUAGAGAUUCUGAAGGCCAUCAAAGACUUCCCAGUAAGUGACCGAGCUACCUACUUGGACCGCCAAGGUUGCAGUCAAGUAGAAGGUGGCAAAACUGCCCUUCAUGUGGCCUGUGAACUGGCAAGGCCAGAGUGUUUGCUUUUGUUGCUGGGCCACGGAGCCUCACCUUGCCUUAGUGACUGUGCUGGGAACACACCUCUAGACCUACUUCUGCAACAAAUUUGGGAGAGCCCAGCAUCAAAUCUGUGCACCAAGCUCCUCCUCCUGGACUCACUCUUCCUCUUCAUGCCUCCAGGCUUCCAUUUUGCCAUGAAACAGCAGCUGCGGGAAGACCAGCAACCAUGGCAGGACCUUCUGGGUAACCGCCGUUAUCAAUGGUUGGCUGGUUUAGCCCCUUUUUCUCUCUUUGUUAGAUCCAUGCAAGUUUUAAUUGGGAGCAUUUCACCCAAACAUUUCCCUGAGGCACUGGAUGGCCUGCCUUUGCCACACUUUCUGAAGCCUUUGGACCUGAAAUUGAAGGGCUAAGAGUAUAAACCAGAGACUGCCUCUCUCACUUUCACUCCCUCUCUCCCUCACCCUUCAAUUCCUGUUUGUGUGAUGAAAAUAGGUGGUGUGGAGAACCCAUGUGCUGAAUAUGAAAUCUGUGUGGGAGAAGGAGAAGCACUUGUUUUAAUUAGAGACUUUUUUUCCAAAGAUUUUUGUAUGCUGUGUUUUAUUCAUUGCUCAAUCAGAGAGAACGGAACACCUAGAGUGCAUUCUUAAAAAUACAUUUCAUUUUAUAGUAGGAUCCACAGCUUAAAGCUUAACUUGGGCAUGCCGAAUUGCAGACUGACCCAAAUGAAUUAGCAGCUUAGGCCAGAAGUUAAAACUAAGCAAUGUAACAGAGAGUAUCUUCUGCAGUCUACACUCAGUAGAUCAACUUUCAAUAGGGCACCAACUGGAUGCUGACUUUACUGCAAUUUAUUCUAGCAAAAUAGGUUUAGAGUAAGUUCAGUUUUUCAAACCUUAUCUUUGUCAGCAUCUAAGUACCUGCCACAGGAUUAUAUAUAAUUUAAACAAACACAGAACAACCAGAGUUUGAAAUGUUGGUUUAAGCUAUUGCCUGUGCUUGCUGAGAAUUAUAAAAGUUGUAGUCCAACUAAUGUGGAAGGCUUCAGGUAGAAAAAAAAAAUCUGAUUUCUUAUAAAACAGCCAUUAGAUAUUAGAAAGAAUUGAACUGCAGACCACCUCUCCCCCCUCUCGCUCUUUCUUUGUUUUCUCAUGGCAAUAUAUUACAGGAGUCAAUUUCUUAAAGGAAUUACUAUUUUCUCUGCCACCAAUAGUUCAACUUUUAUUUUAAAAAUAUGGGACCUGACAUAUCCAAGAUCCAUAUCCAUACCAAAUCUAGCAGGAUUAGCCCAGAACCUUUUUAUACCAAAAGCAAAGGAUUAGAAGAGUCCCUCCCCUCCAUACACAGUUGCUGGUUGAAAUGCAAAAACAGCUGUACUUCAGUACCAGUGGCUCUGUGCCACUAUACUGUGGUGGUUACGGUGAUGAGACCUAGUCUGGGGAGACACAGGGCUAAGUUCCCACUCAUUCCCUGGGCAAUUGUAAUCUACUCUCAUUCAGCUCAAUCUGCUUCUUAUGACUGUGGUAGGGAUAAAAUGAGAGGAGACCCAUCAUCCUGAGCUCCCAGAGAAAAGAUGGGAUAUUAAGGCAAUUAAUAAAUACUGAGAAUGGCAGACAUGCAAAUCUGACCUCU